AUGCCGACACUGACGGCAAAUGAUGGUGUUGGCCUUCACUACGAGACGUAUGGCACCCCCGAUGCCGCUCCCUUGAUCUUGCUGCACGGCUUUACGGGCUCAGGCAAGGUCUUCAAGCGCAAUAUCUCCACAUUGUCCCAGAGCUUCCAUGUCAUCGUCCCCGAUUUGCGCGGCCAUGGCGAGUCUGAUAAGCCUAGAGCGGGCUACCACGUCGCACGUCUAGCCAUGGAUUUGAAGAACCUAAUCGAUUUCUUCAAUUUGUGCGACGGCACGGUCAAAGCCAUUGGCACAAGUCUGGGUGCAGCUAUCUUGUGGAGCUACAGCGAAUUGUUCACUACUCGCGCAUUCUCGCACAUGAUCUUCGUAGACCAAGCUCCACUGCAGAACUACCUCGAAGACUGGGGUCUUGAUUUUGGAAACCUAGGAUGCAACUCCCUUGAAGCACUUCAGAUUAUGCAGAAGUCGCUCAUUGAGAACCCCAAAGAGGCGCACCUUGGCACCAUCGCAGCGUGCUUGGGCUAUAGAUCGCAUCCACAGCCUAGCGACCCUACAUCGAAUUCUGUGGAAUGGAAAGAGGAUGAAGAGUUCUUCCUCUCACAGGCUCUGAAGGGAGAUGGGUGGUGGUAUGGAAAGUUGAUGGCUGACCAUACGGCAAAUGAUUGGCGGCAUCCCAUCGCGCAGUCGUUCGGAUCCAAAAGUGGAAAUCGAACAAAGGUAUUGGUCGUGGCGAGUAGCCGAAGUGGAUGCUUUCCUGCUGCAGGACCGUUGAAGGUAGUCGAACUGGUAAACGGAAGGGAAAAGGAUGAGCUAGCUAAAGGUGUAACGGUGACAUGGGGAGGCCAUUGGUGUUAUUGGGAGAAGCCCGACACGUUCAACGAGCUUGUCCUCGACUUCCUCAAAUAA